AUGGGUGGUUCUACUGCUAUUGCUUUAGCAGUGUGGAUACUUUUUCUUGUGCACAACCUUAGAGGGACGCUUAGCGAUGAGGAGUGUGACCUUUCUCAAGGAGAAUGGGUGUAUGAUCCUUCCUACCCUCUCUACAGUUCCACAGACUGUCCCUUCAUUUGGAAGGAGUUUGAUUGCCAAAAGAAUGGUCGACCAGACAAUGAGUAUCUCAAGUACAGAUGGCAGCCCUCUUCUUGCGAGACACCAAGGUUCAGUGGUAGCAGAUUUUUGGAAAGAUUGAGAGGAAAACGAAUACUGUUUGUAGGAGACUCACUGAGUAUGAAUCAAUGGCAGUCCCUCACAUGCAUGCUUUACAAAUCGGUGAAAGCCAAAUACACCAUAAGCAGGAUUGGAAGCCUCUCCAUAUUUAGCUUUCCAGCAUAUGAUGUUUCAAUCAUGCUGUCCCGAAAUGCAUAUCUAGUAGAUACAGUGCAUAUGAGAAAUGGGAAUGUUCUGAUGCUGGACUCGAUGAAGAAUGGAAGUUACUGGAGGACCUUUGAUGUUAUCAUCUUCAAUACAUGGCAUUGGUGGCUUCAUACUGGAAAGAAACAACCGUGGGCUUUUGUUCGCUAUGGAUUCAAUAAUGCACACAAAAACAUGAACCGGUUGAUGGCGUAUGAGAAAGCUCUAAAUACAUGGGCGAAAUGGGUGGACUCAAGUGUAGACACUUAUAAAACAAAAAUUUUCUUCCAGGGUGUUUCUCCAGAUCAUGUGAAUGCAAGAGAAUGGGGUGAUCAUUCAAACUCAAAUGGUUGUUUGGGACAAACGAAACCAGUGUAUGGGACACAAUAUCCAGGAGGUUCACAUCCAGCUGAAGUUGUUUUAGAGAGGGUACUGAGAACAAUAUCGAAACCAGUUCACUUGCUAAACAUCACAAGGCUUUCACAGCUAAGAGAAGACAGUCACCCUUCUGCCUAUGGGUUUGGCGGCGCCCGUGGCAUGGAUUGUACCCACUGGUGUCUUCCCGGUGUUCCAGAUACUUGGAACCAGCUUCUAUUUGCAGCACUCUUUGAGGGCUCAUGAGG